UCCAGUCAUAAAAAGUCAAACGAAUCUGGAAACGUCUAGUGCUCGUGAAUUUCAAGAUAGAAAAAAGUUUCGAAUAGUUAAAUAUCUUCGAAAACGUACGGGGAACCUGCUUCGUAUCUUAGAUAUAACGUUUCUGGAUUUACUGAGUGAAUAUCGACAAAAGAUAUUUGGCAGAUGAUUUUUUUGCAAGGAUAUUUCUUCCUUCAAGUGUGGAGUAAGCGAGCGAGAGUGUAGGGGGAGUCCCCUGACAGAAAACACAUUUGCGUGCAGUGGUGGUUUGUGUCUGUGAUUGUAUUCGUAGGGGGGGAAGUGGAUCCUGCGCAAUCCUUGCGGUAGUAAAGAUGUGUAAUAAUAAACAAUUGUGACGAGUGUCAAUACAGCUCAGGAUUCAGACAGUUGAUUUGAAUGUCCUAGCGAUUUGGUGCAUCUGAAAAGCGGAAUAGUAUUAAAGCGAGUUGUGAGCUUGGUUGCAAAAUAUUUAGGACCUGCCGAAGUGUCCCUGUCUUCCUAGUAGUCAGUUUGAAGGAUAACGGUCUCUUGUCGAGUGGGUGCUAUUGAAACUGACAUUACAGAAUCUUCCGUAGUGCGCGUGUGUUCGUUGAUGUCCUUGUCCAUUUGUUUCGCCUAUUCACACGCUGUGCCGAGCCUCGUGUGUGUCCUUAUCCUUACCCUCAUAGCAAAUGUUGCGUGCGAACAUACAUACAGUGAAAACACGACAGCUCCACAUUCAUUUCAUUGCCUGAGAAUUCCUUAAGGAUUUACGUUGGAAUUUACGGUACGAAUCCCAUUGUAUCUUUGGUAGAACGCGUUCCAGGCGUUCAGUUCCCGUUCGGUGGUCCAGUCGUAGGCGGCCAUUCUGAUAAAUCGGUGCCAGUGGUGGAUGGCAGCCUGCCUUGGAGCUACCCACCGUUCACUAUAAAAUCACGAAUAAUCCUUGCAGACUCCAACAGUCGUGCGGUACCUUCGCGCUUGUUCGCUUGUCUGGAAAUCCUUGUCUGACUCCCUGCCGGGCUCAAUAUACUUAAGCCUUCUAGGAAUUGCGCUUAGUGGGGGCCUCGUGCUGGUGGUACCCUUUUUUUUCGGUGGUAGACGCGGUUUAAAAAAAUUUAUAACGCAGGAAGGAAGUUAAUCAGUUUGUGGUUGUUUUGAAGUUUGAAGGAUAUAAACAAACGAAACAUUUUAGUGAAUAUGAAUUUCAUGAAUGGAGUUUCCUCCGUGGUGAAUGGAAAUGAAAAUUCUUCUGGCAUCGUGGGAAAUGAUAUAAAUUAAUUAAUUCGGUUGAAUUUACGGUUUUUGGAGAAAAUUCAUAAUAAAUUGUAUUUGUGCGGUAGUGGCGGUUGUUCGGUUGUUUCCAUAAAGAAUUUAUAAAAGUUUUGUGGGGAAAUUUGAUUAUAGGAGUAAAGUGGUUUCCACGUAAAUGUUUGGCAUGCCUUGAUGGUGUCUUUGAUCUUCCAAUGUACACCUCAUUAAGGAUUAAGUAAUUUGCGGAAAGUCACAUUUCCCGAUUUGACUUCUAGGAUUCGUGCGGAAUAUUUAAAGCAUGUCUUUGAAAAUCAGCUUUCAAGAUUAACAUAGACUGGAUUCUGGAAUAGAGUGAAAAACGAUAGUGUUAGGAUGGUGGAAUCAUCUGGUCUGAAUAGGCCACCAGCUUCGCAACAACCAAUGCCACAUCAUUCGACAACAACGGCAGCAGGACUUAGGUGUGGAAUUCUGGAGACGCGUGUUCGGGGUGCCUGGUAUCGAGUCCUGGUUACAUUGGAAACGGACUAUUUGUCAAUUAGUUUAGAUGAAUCGUGUGAGCCCACAGACCAUUCGACGACGUUAAAUGGAACUUUGGGGAGCAACCACAGUGGACAUAAUGGUACAUUACAAUCGUCUGCGGGAGCAUCAGUUACUUCAGAGGAGGUGGACAAUACAGACCAUUUACUCAACAACAACACAGUGGAUAAUGGAAUAUCGGAAAUUUGUGAUGUACCUGAUCACGUAGCGAAUCAAAAACGACAUGUUCGCAUAAUCAAAUCGGAUAAUAAUGGUCUCGGGAUUUCAAUCAAGGGCGGACGCGAGAAUCGUAUGCCCAUUCUCAUUUCGAAAAUAUUCCGUGGAAUGGCUGCAGAUCAGGCGAAAGGAUUGUAUGUGGGCGACGCGAUAUUAUCAGUGAACGGCGAGGAAUUGAGAGACGCAACACACGACGAGGCUGUACGAGCAUUGAAACGUGCAGGACGAGUGGUGGACCUUGAAGUGAAAUUUCUGCGCGAAGUAACACCAUAUUUUCGUAAGGCGAGCAUUAUCUCGGAAGUCGGAUGGGAGCUGCAAAGAGCUUUUUUAUGUCCCCUGGGACCAGGAGCACCCACAUCCCCGCCUGCACCACGGAGCCCGCCCCGAGCUGACACCAGAUAUAUCCCCCUACAAUUAACGCACCUUGCGAGGAACUUAAAGUACAUAGACCCAGAAAAUCGAUGCAUUGAAUUGCACUCACCAGACGGCAUCCACUCGUGUAUUCUGCGGGCAUCCGACUCCCAGGAGGCUCUGGUAUGGUUCAAUGCCUUGCACUCGGCGAUGGGGACAAGUACUCAACGCGCUCUGAACGAUGCAAAUCGCGCCCUUAUAAAUGUGAUUGGUGAAUUGAAGCACAUAGGAUGGUUAAGUCGUCGUGUCGGUGGAAGUGAUCAGAGCGGCCGUUCAAGUUCUGAGAGUUCCGACGAAAACGAUAAGUGGCAACCCGUUUUUGUAGCAGUCACGGAAAGAGAAUUUAGAAUAUACGAAAGUGCCCCGUGGUCCGUGGAAGCUUGGAGUCGACCGAUAGAGAGUUGUUUGCUGGCAUCGACACGUUUGGCCGGAGCCGGGAAUAAUUCAUCGUUGAAUGGUCAACAGACAACAGUAUUUUGUGUUCGUUGUGGCACGACACGUGGUGUCCUUAUCUACUGGCUACGAUCAGAAACACAUAGAGACAUGGCGGCUUGGGCACGAGCCUUGGUUCAAGGGAGUCACAAUGCCGUCAACUAUCAACGCGAGUUCUUAUUCCGAUGUCAAUAUCAAGGACGACCGUGUCAACUCAUUGUUCACUUGAAUCGUGGGUUUUCCUUGAUGGAAAGCGGCUACAAUGCACCAGCGAAAACUUUAUGGUCAUUUCCAUUUGAUAAACUGAAAGGCUCCGCGGAUGAUGGCAGUCGAAUGUUGUACUUGGACUUUGGUGAUGAUGGAGAGUUUGAACUGGACAUGGAAUGCUGCCCGAAGCCAGUUGUCUUCGUUCUACACAAUUGCCUCUCAGCAAAGGUUCAUUCCAUAGCAUAAAAUUGAACAUUUCCUGAAAUGUUGAAAUCCCAACAAUUAGACUAAGAUCCGUUAGCAGGAAUUCAUGUAAGAAUUUCAAAAAAUUAUUAAUAAAACAAUUUCAUUCCGUUAUUUUUCCACUAAUACUACUCACUCGUAAUCAAGUCUUCAUACGAAACUUUCGAUAAAACAAGUUAUUCCAUUACUUCAACAAAAUUUUCUACUAAUUGAGAUAACCGAAUCUGAAUCAAUGUAGAGAAGAUACAACGUAAGUUUGCAUUAGCUACAAUUUAAAAUUUAAGCCGAAACUAUAUUAAAAGGAGGGAAUACUAUCGUAUUUGAUUAUACACAAUAUAUCUAAGAUACUUUAAUGGUUAAGAUAAUUUAUUACCACGAAAAAGACAUGAUCCCGGCACAUUUCUAUUCAAAUAUCUGAAUAUCCCCGAAGGAUCCAAAAGAAUUAUUAGCAUAAAUGAAUCGUAAUCGUGUAAUAGGACGAUGAAUGAGGACAACAAGAAUUAAUAUAAACUUUUUUAAAAAAGAUACUUAAAUCUUUUCUAGUACAUUUGCUAAAUAUCGAACUUAAAAAUGAUCCUUUAAAGCAACUUCAUAUCAAAAAUCGAAAGGAUACCAGAUCUAAGAGAAAUUAUGAGAAAAUCAUAUCCUUUCUGAUAUAAAAUUCAAGACAUGUCACGGAAAAAGACUCAUCAAAAAUGUUAAAUGUUUCUGUUUUUAAUUGUCAUCAAACAAUUGUUGUAAUUUCAACCAUUCUUUUGCCAAAUUGCUGCGUUUAUUGUUAUUCUUGUAUUUCUUGCAACUUUAUCGGAAAGCGAAAGAAAGUUUUUAUGAAAAUAUCCAGAGAAAUUAUUUCAAAAUGAGCAAUGCCAACUGAAUUCGUCCUUGCGUUGGCUUAAUUACGGACAACUGACACGGGGGGACGGGGGAGGGGGCGAAAUUGCUAUUAAACACAAGACACGAUUAAGAGCAUUCAAUUCACAACAGCGGAAAGAAGUUUCCUGUGGCGAAAGUAGUAGGAAAAAAACUUUAAAGAAAUUAGAAAUUCAUGGGAAAUUGUUAUCAAAGUUUAGUUUAUUUAGAUGGAAAAGAUAAUUAUCUAUUCAUAUUCGCUAUUAAAGGCUUCACACUGGAAUGGAACGUGGUGAAGGACUGCUUUUUGUAGUUGCUUUUAGGAAUCAAUUGAGGGGUGAGUUUUUUUUUCCAAUAGUUGUCUUGUCGAUUAAGGAUUCAACGCAAGGGAUGGAACGCCUAAUGGCAUUCCUCAAUUUUCCGCGCUUCUCAGAAUAAAAACGGAGGAGAUUUCUCCAACAAAAAGGAAGACUGAUUAGGAAGGGAAAAUCAAUCUUGUUUUUUGGUUGCAGAACUUUCCUCAAUCUAUGGUGGAGUUCGGGAUAAAUCGAUGGAAGCAUAUCAAAUUGUUUUGGGUUAGACCCGCUAUACUGAAGAAGUUUUUGACGGAACAUUAUUUUUCAAUUAAUUUGGUUAUCUCUUAUUACUUUUUAGUAGAAGAAAAAUUUCAUAUCACUUACAUGAGAUGGAAUAGAAGAAAAGCUAAUUCUCCACGUACAAGAGAAAUCUUAUAAAAUAAAAAGUUUGUUUUCUUCAAAAAAAAAAAAAUCUUUGGAAAGUCGUCGAAUGAUAUCAUAAAACGUGUUUAAGGCAAUAAAAUCUUUUUUUUUGAAUGAAUGCAUAAUAUUAUCAUUAAAUAUGUACAUGUAAGUGAGGAAUAAGUGAAUUGUUUAUUAAAAUAUCAAAAUUUGGAAUGUUACAUUUACAUUUAAAUGAAAAUUGAUUUUUUGUUUGGAGGAAAAAAGGACUAAAUAUAUGAAAAGAUGAAAAAUAUUAAAUUA